GAGAGACUUCAGACUCCUCCCUCAUUCGGUCUCUACGACACGUUUCUUUCUCUCUCCCUCUCCCUCUCCCUCUCCCUCUCCCCUCGGCUAGCAAGGCGUCUCUCUCUUCUCCAGGGAGGCUCUCGAUUUGCAUGGACAAGGGCCACCUCGGUGGCGGCGGAGGAGGAGGAGGACUGCUCGCCCUGGACGCCUCGCCGCGGCAGCUCGGCUUCCUGAACUUGCUAUCACCGGCGCCGUUCCACAGGAGCAUGGAGGCGGACGACGGCGGCGGUGGCGGCGGCGGCAGGGGGAGGAGGUCCAUCGAGGUUGACUUCUUCUCCGACGAGAAGAAGAACAUGAAGAAGAGCCGCGCAUCGGCCGGUGCUGACGCGGAGGACCACAAGGAUCAGGCCUCCGCCGCCGGACUCGCCAUCAAGAAGGAGGACCUCACCAUUAACCUCCUUACCGGGAACAACACGAGGAGCGACCGGUCCAUGGUGGUCGACGACGACGGGGCGUCCCGGGCCGACGAGGACAGGAACGGCAGGAACACCGGCGAGCUGGCGGCGAUGCAGGCCGAGCUGAGCCGCAUGAACGAGGAGAACCAGCGGCUGCGAGGGAUGUUGACCCAGGUCAACAGCAGCUACCAUGCGCUGCAGAUGCAUCUCGUCGCGCUCAUGCAGCAAAGGACCCAGAUGCCUCCGGUCCAGCCGCAACAACCUCCGACCCACGAGGAUGGCAAGAACGAGAGUGCCAUCGUUCCGAGGCAGUUCCUGGGUCUGGGCCCGUCCGGAGCCAGCGCUGACGUGGCGGAAGAGCCGUCCAACUCGUCCACGGAGGUCGGGAGCCCGCGCCGGUCGUCGUCCAACGGGAACGAGGACCCUGAGCGCGGCGACAACCCCGACGGCCCGUCCACCGCGGGGUGGUUGCCCGGGCGCGGGAUGAGCCAGCAGCAGCAGCAGCAGCUGGGAGCGGCGGCCAAGGGCCAUGACCAGCAAGCGCAGGAGGCCACCAUGAGGAAGGCCCGUGUCUCCGUCCGCGCACGAUCCGAAGCCCCGAUUAUCGCCGAUGGAUGCCAAUGGAGGAAGUACGGUCAGAAGAUGGCCAAGGGAAACCCUUGCCCACGCGCCUACUACCGCUGCACCAUGGCCACCGGCUGCCCGGUGCGUAAGCAGGUGCAACGAUGCGCCGAGGACCGGACCAUCCUCAUCACCACGUACGAGGGCACGCACAACCACCCGCUCCCGCCGGCCGCCAUGGCCAUGGCAUCCACUACGUCGGCCGCCGCGUCCAUGCUGCUCUCGGGCUCCAUGCCCAGCGCCGACGGCGCGGGCCUCAUGAGCUCCAACUUCCUCGCGCGCACCGUGCUGCCAUGCUCGUCCAGCAUGGCCACCAUCUCGGCGUCCGCGCCGUUCCCGACGGUGACGCUCGACCUCACCCACGCCCCGCCCGGGGCGCCCAACGCCAUGCCGCUGAACGUCGCCCGACCGCAUGCACCGGGGCAGUUCCAUGUUCCGAUGCCCGGCGGUGGGAUGGCCCCGGCCUUCGCGAUGCCGCCGCACAUGCUGUACAACCAGUCCAAGUUCUCUGGCCUGCAGAUGUCCUCCGAUUCGGUGGACGCCGGGCAGUUCGCGCAGCCUAGGCCGCCGAUGGGCCUGCCAGGCCAGCUGUCCGACACCGUCAGCGCAGCGGCGGCCGCGAUCACCGCGGACCCAAACUUCACAGUGGCGCUCGCCGCGGCCAUCUCGUCGAUCAUGGCCGGCCAGCACGCCGCCGGCAACAGCAACGCGAACAACAGCAACAACAACACCAGUAACAACAACGUGACGACGACUAGUAACAACACGACGAGCAACAACACCAACAGCGAGACCCAAUGAACGACCUGGUCAAGUUCGAAAAGAGUUGAGAAACCAGAUACUAGCUAGGUUGCAAGUUAUACACGGAUGGUGUUCCAUUCUUCUUUGGUCAGGAUUAGCUUGUCGAGACGUGUCUUUGGUUUUGAUACCAAGCAUGAUAUACGAUCACCCUUUUUCUUUCGUGAUUUUGCGGCGGCAAAAAAAAGGUUGUAUUAGUUCAUUCCUUCCCCUUAGUUCUUUUUCCAUCGCCGGCAGCUGUUGAUAUUUCACUGUAAUAAUUAUAAUAACUAUAGUAAUAAGUAAAAUAAUGGCCCCCACCUCGGAGAUAUUUCUAUGCUAGUCAAAGCAGAAGAAAUGCGGGGGUAAAGAACAA